AUGACGCGUUACAUAGUCGCCCUCGAGUUCUCUGGUGAAGUCAUCGCACACCUGCUGCAACUGUACUCACGCCUACCCCGCGCGCGGCUCUUCCCCUGCAUCUACGGCUUCGAAUCGUCCGGUAGACGUCUCGCCUUUCUCCCUUCUUCCGCGCAGACCAUCACAGUCGCAGUCGCCGCGAUUGGCUCCCGCAUUCCAUUGCAUCCUGUCCUCUUUGGCCCUGUGCCACCCCCGCCUCCAUCCUACAUUCCUGAUUACCCCCAUGCCUGUCGUAUCGACACUCACGUACGAAUUCGGGAAGCGGAGACAGGCUGCGUGCGAGAAGUAGACGGACAUGGCGCUCGAGCACGCGCGGAAGGGAAAGGUUCUCAACAUAUUGACAGUGACGAGGCGAUAGCGGCAUGCUCUUUGCUACAGUUUCUGGAGCGUCUCGGCUUCGACGACUUCCUGAACUCCGAGUCGUCCACAUUUGUAUUCUUUACCUCUAUGCGCUCGAUGAUGUCGUGGUCCCCUCCGGAUUCAAAGAUGUUUCAGGAUCCGGAGCCAUUCUCCUUCGUAUCAACAACAUUAGCACCUCCUCCACGAGCCCCAGCUCUGUUAGGCUUGCAUGGUUCUAAUCCACCGCCCGAGAACAUUCCCGGACUUGAAGAGAUGAGGCUCCGCUGGAGCAUGCAGCCGGACGCCAUCACGUCCGUAUGGCAAGAGCAAGUGUGCGAUUAUACGCUUCAGGACGAGGCGCUGCUGUGCGGUCCUCCUCCACCUUCACUCCGCAGGAAAAGCGUGCUCCCGUUCUCGUUUACCCGAUUUGCUGAGCAUCUCGACGACCUGACGCAUAUCGGAAAACAGCCUGGGCCCGCGAGGCUCAUGCGGAACAUUUUGGAUCGGAUGCGCGGUGCACUUGGGUCUGUGAACAUUCCACUCUACAAAGACCUACAAGAGAGAGUAGCAGCGGCGAGGACAGCUCAUGCAGAAUCAGACGAACGGGACGUACCUAAGCUGGAGGCGAUUAUUCGCACAUUCACGAGGACGUUGGUUCCUUGGAGCCUGUGUACGAUGCGCAAAAAUCGGAGCACUAACGCAGUGGACGGUGUCAUCAAGCGCAUAGAAGAACACUACGUCUCGCGUGAGGACUGGAACACGAUCAUCGAGCUCGGCGCCGGGAAGGACAAGGGUGAGCUCGUGCUCAGGAAGAUCCCGGCUGCAAUGAACAUGACGCUCUCGCAAGUACAACUCUACCGAACACCUGAUCCUGUUCCACAAGGCGACAGGACCUGGGCAAGGUGCCGAAGAAGCUGCCUGGCGGCCCACGCCGGAUCUGAGGAGGCGUUUGAUGUCAGCGAGGAAGAUGGCGUUAGUGGGGGCGAGCUCGUUCGGUGUGCUGGCGCGAAAGGUAACUUGAAGGGUACGAACAACUGGAUAGCUGCACAGGGCGCGUUUACUCUUAAGGACAUCGGUUGUAUGUAG